GCGACGUUGAAGGAUGAUUUGAUCGGAACAUGGAAAAUUUUGGAAAGUUGGCUUAUGUAUAGCGGGUCAAAUGAAAUAGCGAAAUUGUGUGACAAAAGUAAGGGACUUUGGCCGAGGGGCAAUUGGCCCGGAUAUAUGGAAUUGUUGUGUCAACCUAUAUUAGAAAUAAAAUAUUUCAUGAAUGGUAUAAAAACGGAGAGGAAAGGGCAUGGUGAUCCAAAGGAUAUUGCACCAACUAUUGAAACUUUGAACGAAGCACAACGGUAUUCACGUUGUAUUGUUGGCGCUGUCGCCUUGUAUACAAUUUAUGGAGAUCACUGUAAAUUGAAGGACGUCAUAGAGAAGAUUGAAGAGGAAAUAUCACCUAAAGUGGACGAAAAAUUAGAGGGCUACUUGAGGAAGGACGGAGGGAACCUCCAGAACCAACUGAAUAAAUGUGAAGGAAUAGACAUCCCCACCCUAUUGGUAGGUAAAGCACUCCUUCAAGAUAAAAUCAAAGAAUGGGUUAGAGAAGAUAGGGCGAAGGGCAAAGACGAAGGAGGAGCCUGGAGGGCUGGGGGACAGUUGUUGUGGAGAAUGAAGCAACGUUGUACUAAUAAUAGGCCGAACGACAUCGGGAAGGUAGAACAGGUGAUGGGGGAAGCAAAGGAAAAUAAUAAAGGAAGUACAGCAACAUUCUUAGGAAUAAAGAGUGAUGAUAAAAGUACUGAAGGAGCUCUGAUGAGUGAAAUAAUGGAGGAUGACGACAAGUUCUCAUCAUCGAAAUUAGGUGAAAUGUUGAAUACAGCAGUGAAGGAGGCCAUGACGGGGGGGAAGAACAUAAAUGUAGACAGCCUAGUUCAGAGUAUAAAGAAGGGAGCAGAAAAAACAGUAGCUGAAGCAUGUACCCAAAAACGCAGCGGCAACGGUGUCAAGGAUGAUUUAUGUAGACGUGUAGAAUGUGUUGCACGACAUUGGGAGAAAAUAAAGGAACCAACGGGAACUGCGGAGAAGACUGAACCAUGUGAACGCUUAUCAUGUAUUGUUCAAUACUUAAAGACAAGAGAUACAGCAGCAGCGACAGGAGCAGUACCAGGAACAGGAGGAUCAACCACACCAACGAACAACUUCUGGGAGAAGGAAAAUGGCGAUGUAGCCAAAUUAUGGCAAGAAUUGUCACAAGCUAUGAUAGACAACGGCAAAAAUAAUCAAAGUGGAUGUGAUGGAAUGACUGAUGCAUCUCCUUCUGAGCAGACGGCAUGCAAAUUUUUGCAUGCCGGCUUCAAAGAACUGUACAAUCCGACGACGUCGUCGGCGUCGACGUCGUCGACGACAGGCGACGUCUUAAAGAACAACCCAUCGUUUAGACAAACGAUGGGUUGUUUUUUACUUCAUGCUUAUGCAAAACACAUGAAAGAUAAAGCUGUUUGUGACAUAGAGGAAGGAAUAAAACAAGCAUUUGAAUCGUGGCAGGACCUGAGUACUAAGGCAGCAGGCGCAUGCAAUGACAAAGAUAAAAAAUGUAUUCCAUGCAAAUGGGAAGAAGACAACUUUAAGGGUUGUGAAAUUGAAAAAAAAGGCGCAACCGGCGAAAAGGAAAAUGUUGAGAACAAAUUGAAGAACAUCAUCGAUAAGGACGGCAACGACCCCAAAAUGAAGGAAAUGGCGCAGAAGAUAAAUGAAGUGACCAAACUCUGUGACCAAGUCAAAUGUGUCACAGCUCGAUGGAUGAGCCAAAAUAAGGCCGGCGGCACCGGAACACGUACUUGGGAUGAGGUAUGGGGACAAGUCCAAGAACAAAUCUCCCCCCUUCGCACUGCCUUGGGCAGUGCCACAAAAACGAACAAAGGGAACGUCGAAUCCUACUGCCAGGGCCUUCCGCAAGGAGUCGAUAAGGAGGCUUGCCUCCUUAUAGCAGCAGGAUUAAAAAACCUCUACGACAUCCAAGAGAGCGAUGCCGUUGAGGCAUCGUUCAAAAGAACAAUGCGUUGUGUUCUAUUAAAUGCCAUUGCAGAUAAACUACAACACGACAACUUUCCAUGCAAGGAUGAGAAGAAAGUGAGUACAGGAAUAGAUUAUGCUUUUAAGACGAAAAAUAAAGAUAUAAAGGAUGCAAGCGACGGUUGCAAUGAUGAUAACUGUUUUCAGUGUGAGAGGUAUGAGGAUAAUUUUAAAAAUUGCAAGGUGAAUAACACUGUUGAAGUAAAGGACAAAGUAGAAGAAGUGCUUAAGAACGAAGGAAAGGAAGAAAUGACGAAAAUUAAUGACCAAGCUAUAAAAGACAUAU